AUGGAUACAAAGAAGCCAAUAAUGAAGAAAGAACAGCAACAAUAUUUAUUAAACUUCUUGAUGAGGAAUCCGGAAACGGUUAACGGAAAUUCUCAGUUGCCGGCUACCAAAAGAUUGUGGACUGAACUGACAGAAGCCCUCAAUGGAAUGCGAGGUGUUCGUAUGACACAGAAAGAUUGGUUAGAGACAUACAAGUUAUUAGCACACAGGGCGAAGGCUAAGGUGCGCACACAGCGUGCAUCUAUUCAAAGGACUGGAGGUGGUCCUCCAGCAGAUAUCUGCUUGACAGAACUGGAGAAAAAAACAAUAAAUAUAUAG